AUGGCUCUGAAAACCAUCUUAAACGUCUCCUACGUAGAGCCGUUGAUCGGUCUCUACCCUAAACAGUCGUUAUUACAGCCUAUGUGGGAUGUCAUUCUUAGAUUUGUCAGCAGCGAUGUUUUACAGUCUCCUCUUCUUCCUAUCAUCUUCUCGGUAUCUUUUUACUUCAUCUGCUGCUUUCCAUUUAUGAUUGUCGACAUCUAUGGCAAAAAAUGGUACUGGAUUCAGAAGUACAAAAUCCAGCCAACGAAAGAAGUAACCUGGUCACAAGUCUAUGACACUUUGUACGUGACAAUGUGGAACCAUCUGUUUUUGAUAUUGCCAAUGACUAUCGUCCAAGCUUUCGUCACACCACUAACUGUAAUACCAGAAAAUGCGCCGGGCAUGUGGGAAUUCUGCUGGCAGAUUACACUUUUUAUGCUUAUUUUUGACCUCGAAUAUUACGUAUGGCAUUAUGUUCAUCACAGAAACCGUUUUCUGUACAAUCAUUUUCACGCGCUUCACCAUCGUUACUACUCGCCGUUUUCCUGGGUGACCCAGUACCUACAUCCAUGGGAACUUCUUAGCGUCGGUGUGUUCGUUACUACCACACCUUGGGUCAUCGCCGACUGCCACCCUCUAACAGCCUGGGGGUUCAUGGUCACUAAUAUCAUAGUUAGUAUUGAAGCUCACAUCGGAUUUGACUUCCCAUGGUCUCUGCAUCAUUGGUGUCCGUUCGGUCUGUGGGGAGGCGCUCCUAAACACGAUAUGCAUCACCAAAGACCACAGAGCAACUAUCAGCCGUUCUUCACCCACUUCGACCGUCUGUUCGGCACCAGCACUUCAUUCCGGUAUGCUGGCGGCGUGAUCGAAAACAAGAAGAAAAUAAUCUAG